UGAUUUUUCCAACGUCAAAUCUCUCACAGAAUUUUCUUGUCAGUUUCCACCGUGUUGCAUCACACGCCAAAAUAUUUUCCUCGUCGAUAGAAUAAAAAAAAAAAGAGUAUAGAUAAUUUUAGUGCAAAAUGCAUAUUUCCUACAUGAGAAUUGCUAUCUAUGUGCUGACAUUUGUAACGUACGUGUACUCGGGCUAUGGAUCGAAUGUGAUAUCGACUUUGAGGGACGCGAUAAUUGCAGCUGAGGCGGUUUUUGGGGAUGUUUUUAAGAAUCUAAUUGUGGUCGCGAGGAAGUUCCGAAAUGUCCAUGAAGUAUUUGACGCUGCUGUAGAGGACAGCUGUGUCUUUCGAUGUCCAGGAGAUGUCCCAGGGCAUCGGAACAAAUUCUAUACACCAACAUCAAAUGGCUGUGGAGCACUUGGCAUGAAGAUCAGCACGGAAUAUCUACCAGCUGUUGAGAUGGAAAAGUGCUGCGAUGCUCACGACAUUUGCUAUGACACAUGCAAUGCUGACAAGGAACUCUGUGACAUUGAAUUCAAGAGAUGCCUUUUUAAGCACUGCGAAGCAUACGAGGCUACCACAAUUGUGGGUGAUUUGGCAGUGAAGGGUUGCAAGGCAGCAGCCAAGAUGCUAUUUUCUGGCACUGUAACCCUCGGCUGUAAAUCCUACCUCGAUGCCCAGCAGAGGAGUUGCUACUGUCCAGAACAAAUAGACCACGGUGGAUGGAAGUCCAAAAAGAAAUACUACAAUUGACCUAACUCAAUACCCAUCAUUCAAAAGUAGCCCAAUUAGACAAUUAAUUCUAAUCUUUCUCUUUUCUAUAAAUUCAACGUUUUUCACCAAAAAGUAUUGAAAUUGGACUAAAACUAAACCUCAGAUCAGUUUGUGAUAGCAUGGAAAUUAUGAUAGUGCUAAAUUUAACUCUCUCACGUUCUUUUUCAAUGUGUUCCUCCACUCUCUGGUGUAUAAAAAUCCAAUAAAUUUUCUGGAAAUCCGUUUUUUGCUACUUGUGAGACAGAUUGGACAAAAAAUUAAAUUAAAAAUAUUUUUCUUAUCGCAAAUAUUGGAGAAAAAUAUUCAUCGUAGAAGGUAAGGAGAUUUUUCUGAGUGCUUCCAGUAAAUGUUGGGCAAAAUUCAUUAAUCCAAUCAUCAAUGAUUUUAUUCCAAAACAACAAAUGAUUAAAAUAAAUAUGACAUA